AUGUCUUGGUUCAGCGGCAACUCCGUCUCCACAGUGGAGCUAGACAACAAGAUCUCGGAAGCCACGUCUGAGUCGAUUCCCAACGGCGAGAUCGAGCUCUCGGUGGCGUUAGAGAUCACCGACCUCAUCAGAUCCAAGAAGAUCCCUGCCAAACAAUGUAUGAGAUCGUUGAAGAAGCGGCUCACGUUGGUGCACGCCAACCCCAACUUGUUGACGUCGUCACUCAAGUUAGUGGACUUGUGUGUCAAGAACAGCGGCUACCACUUCUUGGUGGAGAUCGCGUCCAAAGAGUUCAUGGACUACGUGGUGGACGUGCUUCUCAAGAUCCACUACAAUGUGAAGGACUAUGGCAUCCGCAACAUCGAGUCCAAGUUGAACGUGGGCAACACCAUCUUGGCACUUAUACAGGAGUGGGCAAUCAUGUUCGAGAACCAGCUCCAGUUGAACUACGUCGACAAGUGCUACAAGCAGUUGGUCAACGACGGCUAUAAGUUUCCACAGCGAGAAGGCUCUCUGCACAUCAACAGCACGUUCAUCGACUCCGAGGCCCCUCCAGACUGGGUGGACAGCGACCUGUGCAUGAUCUGCUACACCCCGUUCUCCAUGAUCAACAGAAAGCACCAUUGUCGUGCCUGUGGCGGCGUUUUCUGCCAAACCCACUCCAACAACUACAUCCCAUUGGUGUCGUUAGGGAUCAAGGAGCCUGUCAGAGUGUGCGAUAAUUGCCAUGCAAAGUACAAGGGUAAGACUCCCAAGACUUCCGGCCACUCUGGCCACUCCAGGUCCAGAUCUCUCGCCCUGUCUGCAAAUCCAGACGACGAGGACGAAGAGUUGAAACGAGCUAUUGAGUUGAGUCUCAGAGAUUCGGGCGUCCAGGAGUUCAAGCCUCCCCAGGAACCCCCUCUGGCUCCACCACCCCAGGCACAGAGUGAGGACGACGACGAAGAAAUGAAAGCUGCAAUUGCAGCCAGCUUAAAGGAAUUUGAAAACCAAGAAAAAUUUAAUAAGCAGCAGUCACAGCCACAACAAGCAUCCGCCCCUGCUGCUGCACCUGCGGCUCCUCAGUCAGACUUCUAUUCUAACAUUCUUCCAUUUGAUGCUAACGAACAGUUUGGCGUGAACGACCAAGCCAACCAUUAUAACCAAUACAAUCCAAGCCAACCACAGGCAUAUUCACAACCUCCACAGCACCAGCAAUUGGCACCUCAAAGAACCCAAGUAGAAGAUUUGACUCAGCAGGAAGAAGGCCAAAUCAAUUUAUUUAUUACUUUGAUGAACACGGUCAAGAACGAUCCGAAAAAGAGAGCAAACAUCCUUUAUGACUCCAACAUAAGCGAAUUGCACACGCAAGUUAUCAGAUUAAAACCCAAGGUCAACAAGUCGUUGAGAGCAUCAAUUGAGAAGUACGAGACCUUCUUGGAAAUGAACAAUAAGAUCUCCACCAUUAUCAAGCUCUACGACCAGUACUUGGAAGAUAAGUUGAACAUGGCCUAUGGAAACCACCAUAUUUCCUCCCAGCCCACCGCUGAAGGGGCCCCUGGUCACUUCUUCUCUGAACCAUCUUAUCAGGAUAAGACCGGCCAACUUCCAAGUUACAAUGCCUACAAUGGAACCUCUGUUGCACAACAAGCAACUGGAGCCUCCAACGGCUAUCUUUCCCAUCAGCCCACAUCUGAAGGAGCACAUUUCUUCUCUGAAUCCUCUUACCAGAACAAUUCCGAGCUCCAGCCACAAGGUGCCUACUACGAUGACUAUGGCAGGGGAGGCUCGCUGGCUCCACAGCCUGCGCCAUCGCUGUAUGCCCAGGGGGGCCACCAACAACCUUCAGAGCCCAGCUUUGAUGACGACGAGGAAGAGGAGGACGAGGAAGAGGAGGAUAAGGAAUCACAAUACGCAUACCAGCAACCACCACCCACCACUUUCGGAACAAAUAACCGUACAAAUGCCAACUUGGCGUAUCCUGUUCUGUACGAUGGAGUUAAUUCGCAGCCACCUUUGCAGCCACCCCAACAGUCGCAACCAAGCUUUUAUCCACCAGCCAACUACUCGCCUGAAAUCACCGACAACGAGACAGAUAAUGAACGUUCAGACGCAUCUACAUUGACCCACCAGCAGCCACUGUCGUCGCUGGUCAGAAGACAAUCGUCGACUUUGCCUGCACAUGCGGUUGAGGACGCCACUGCCCGGUUUCCCACCAUAGAAACAGUGGAGAACGAUUAUGACAAGCAGCACCCAAACCGCACGGCAUCCAACCCUCCAUAUCCUGGAGCAUCAGAGCAGGACCUUGCUCAGUUGCCCAGCUUGCCUGAUUUUGGGCAGGGCGAGACUAGACCAGCAAAGUAUGUUGCCGAGCCCGAGCCAUUGAUUGAGCUUUGA